UAAGUAGGUGGUUUCAUUUCAAGCUAUCAUCAUUUUUCUUUGCAUGAUAAGAGACCUUAUCUGUCUGGAGUUUUGAACCUUCUUUUUUCAGCAAACUGCUCUGUUGAAAGCAGCCAGCACAACAUCAGAAGUCGUUGCUAGCGUAUUAGUCGGGGAAACCGAGUCAGUCCGCUUUGACACAAAUCAGGCUGAAGCAACAGCUACGCUAGAAUCAAGGCAGCCUGUGGAGUCUAGUGUGGAACUAACAGUCCCAGAACCACCCAGCAGAAAUGAGGUCAUUUUGCAAGGAACUCCUAGAACUUCUCCAGCACCUAAUGGGAAUGAUCUUUUCGCUGAAAACUUAAUUCUUCGUCAAUGCGUUAAUGAGUCAAAUCAGAUGCAGAAAGAUCUUACGGAAGAUGUGGAAAAGAUGUGGCAAUUAAAGACUGAACUUGAAAAUGCUGUUGAAGCCCUUAAAGGAGAGAUCUGGUCUUUGAAUGGACAACUAAAGGCGUCCAUCCUGGAUCGAGAACACCUACAAGACCGUGUUGUGGAACUAGAUUCAUCUUUAGCGGCAGAAAAGAAGCGAGCUGAUGCCUUGGAUUGCGAAUUGUCCGAACAGACAGAACUUACCGAGAAGGCCUCCCGUCAAGCUGCCGAGGCUGAAAAUGAGAGCAAUCGACGACUUGCGGAGUGUUUGGAGAUGGAGACUCGACGAGAGCAAGUGGAGAAAGCAUACGCCCAACUCAGCGAGUACUACAGUCAGCUUCAAGCUGCAUACAACGUAAUUUACGCAAAAAUGGCUGAGUUAGAGAAGGAAAGAGCUCGUGAACAAAGCCAACAGGUUGAGACCACAGCUUCUGAAAAUGAUAACUCCGAAAAUGUACGGGCUGUAGUUGAUACAAUGAUUUCCGAACUCGGCUUGGAAGCACCGGAAGGAUUGAGUCUCCACGACAAAGUUUUGCUGGUCCAAAAAUCUCUGCGCGAAAAACUGAACGAGCUCGAGGAACACCGUCAGGCAAUAACUGAGCAUCGACGUGCAAAUGAAGAACUUCAUGAACAACUGCGUUCGCUUGAAGAAGAAACCAAUAAAGCAGGAGGAGAGAAUCGAGAUGCGAAGGCCCGCUUACUCCAACUGGAAGGUGAUCUAGAGUGGAAACAGGACGAAUGUGACAGUUUGCGUCGACGAGUUGAUGAAGUUCGUUCUAUUUGUUCUUAUCAGGAGCCAUUUAUGUAA